AUGAAUGAUGAAAAAAAUACCAAAUAUGAAAAAUUAGGGGUGGGGGAUAAUAUUCUUUUAAAUACUAAUAAAUUACAAAAAAACAAAAUAAAUAUCUAUAAUAAGGAAUAUAUUGAAAAAAUAAAAAGAUUGAAAGAAAAAAAAUACUUCGGAAGUAAAACAAUAGGAAAGGGUUCUAGUUAUAUUUAUUUAAUUAACCAAAUUUUCGGUUCUGGAAUUGUAUCAAUACCUUACGUAUUUAAAAGUUGUGGAUGGCUACCUUGUCUAAUUAUGAAUAUUUUAAUUUGCGUUUUAACAGCUUUUAAUACUUUAUUAUUUCUACGAACCAUGACUAUGAUACCUAAUAAUAUUCAUUUUAAUAAAAGAUAUGAAUAUAUAUCAACAGUUUGUUAUUUUUUAGGAAAAAAUAAUAUAUUUUUUUUAUUAAUUCAGAUAUGCUUUUAUGCCAGUAUAUUGGCAAGUAAUAUUAUUUCUAUAGUAAUAGUAUCACACGCAGUUGAUCAUAUAUUAAUAAAUAUAUUUGGUUAUACUGUUGGUUUUGUUUUAUACCCAAAUUUUGGGUUUACUGUUUUUAACAAUAUUAAUGAUUUAUAUUAUACUAAAAAUUAUAUAUUAUGUAUAACUGUUGGUUAUAUAAUAAAUGCUAUUACUUCAAUAUACUUUUCUCAAUCAAAUUUAGAGGAUAACAUGAAAAUACAAUUUUUAUCUUUUUUUUUUUUAAUGAGCACUAUAUUUCAAAUGAUUUAUCUAAGUAUCCUUAAAAUAUAUAGAUUUAAUAUAAAUAACGUAAACAUUAUACAAAAAACUGGAAUAAAAAAAUAUUCAGACAUAAAAUAUCCUAGUGCAUUCGGAGAUUUUAAUUUUAGACAACUGCUUUCAUCUUAUAUUGCUUCUUAUUCAACAGUAACAGUUAUUCCUUGUUGGGCCAACGAAAUGAAAUCAGAUGUUAAAAUUAUAAAAACUGUUUGGUUAUCUAAUUUUUUUUGUUGUUUCAUUUAUUAUAUUUAUGGGCUAAUUUUAUGCACUGCUUAUCCUCAUAUAAAUAAUGAUAAUAUAUUAAAUGAUAUUUUACAGAAUCCUCUUAUAAAUAUUUACAUGAAAAUUUCUAUAUAUAUGUUUGAUCUAUUAACUAUAGCACCUGGAAUAUAUGUUUAUUGCAUAGCAACCAGAUAUAAUUUAAUCAACAGUAAUAUAUGUUCAGAAAAAGUAGCAUUCAUUUUUGGUACUAUUUUUCCAUUUUUAAUAUCAUGGUUUUUUACAUCAAGUUCCUUUUUUGAAAAUAUUUUUACCUGGUCUAGUUUAAUUUUUUCUUUUGCUUGUAAUUUUAUUACACCGUCAAUUAUAUAUUUAAUAGCAUGCAAGAAUAUUCCAUAUUCGGAAAAAAAUCCUCUUAAAUAUAUUCAUGUUUUAUAUGAUCCCAAUGAAUAUAAAAAAAAAAAGCCUCUCUAUAAUAUUUUAUAUUCUAACUUUAAUGAUGAAAAGAGUAAUUUUGAUUAUGCAAAUCAAAAAUCUAUUAAUAUAAAAAAAGAAAUAGAAAAUGAAAAAAACAUAUUUGAAAUUCAACCAAAUUCUAUUGUUAGUAAAGAAGACAAUAAGAAAAAGAUAAAGCAGUUUGAUGGAAAUUCCAAUGAUAUGCAUGAUUCAUAUUUUUUAAAAAGUAGUUCUUAUGACUCAGAUGAUCAUACAAUUGCAAAAAUAGAUGAAAAUUCAAUUAAUAAUAAGUAUGUAAAUGAUUUUAAUAAUGGGAAAAAUAAUAUUUUAUAUGAUGUAGAUAAGAUUAAUAGUAUAAAUGUUUUGCGUAAUACUGGCAAGGCAAAUAAAAAAUUAAAUUCACAUUCAUAUAUUCAAGAUAAAGAAAAAAGAAAUGAUUUUUCAUAUUAUUAUCUCCAAAACAGAUAUAAAAUGCCAAACGACAAAACAAAUUCUAAUGACUAUUCUAAGGAGGGAGAAAUACAUAUUCAAGACAAAAGAAAAAAUACCCAAUAUCCUUCUCGUGAAGAUUUUAUAGUAUCAAUAAAUAAAGAACUCACAAGUUGUGUUACUAAGGAAGGCAAUUCAAUAAAGAAAAAAAAAAAAAGUGUUUCUUUAAAUGUAGAUAAUAAUUUAAUAAAGACAAAUACAGAAGAAAGUGAAUGGGAAACAAAAAAAGAAAAUUAUGAACAAAAACAAGAAGAAAAAAAAGAAGUAGAAAAAAAAACAGAAGAUAAAUUAAUAUUGCAUGAAUCUUUUGAAAAAGAUAAUUAUUUCAGCAAAGAUAAUAUAGAAAAAAAUAAAAAGAAGUCAGAUGAAUAUUAUAAUAUAGAAAAAAAAAAAAAAGAUCCAUUUAUAUUUCGUAAGUAUAAUUCUUUAUUUAAUAUCAACGUGAAGAAUUUACCUGAUAAUACAAAAAUGAAAAAUAUAUUACCAAAUAAUAUUCGAAAAUCAAGAAAACAUAAAACUGUCAUGGGUUUUGAAAAAAAAAAUAAAAAAAAUAAAAAUGUGUCCAUUAUAAAUUUAAAAGAAUCUUCAGAAAGUUCUGAUUUUAGUGAUGAUAUUUUAAAUGAUAAAAUAAUAGCUGAUUUAUCAAGAGAUAUUUAUAAUGAUAUAAAAAUAAUAAAAAAAAAUUAUGAAAGAGAAGAAUAUUUAAUUAAAUUUUCUGAUAUUUUUGAUUCUUUUUUAAAUUUAAAAUUGAUAUUAGAAAGUGAAUAUAACGAAAAAAAUUCAUUUAAUUUUUUUUAUAAUUCAGGUAUUACAAAUCAAAAUGAUUUUUCUAAUAUUAAAAAAGAGAAUAAUACAAUAAAUGGAAAUUUAUUAUCUUUUAAUAAUUCAAAUAAAUGUAAUUUUAAUAAUGGAAGGAAGGAAAAAUCCUUUUUAUCUGAUAUAAUGAAUAAGGAAAAAAAAAUUGUCGAUAAAGAAAUAUCUGAAAACAACAUUGAAAAAAUAAAGAGAAAACAAAUAGGAAAAAACGAACAAAAUUCAUCAAAUUAUAGAAAAGGAGGAAUAAAGAAAAACGAAGAAAACGAAGAGGGAAAAAUAAAUGAAAAUAAAAUUAAUAUAAGCCCACUAGAUUAUUUGCGUAAUAAUACCAUACAUAAAAAUAAUAAAAAAGAAAAAAUAGUUACAGGCUUUACUGAUGAUAUAUAUGAAAAAAAAUUAAGAAAAAUCAAAGAGGAAAUUGAUAUGAUUAUAAAUGGAAUAAAUAAUAAUCAAAAUUUUACAUGGGCUUUUGAUGGAAAUAAAAAUAGAGAUGAUUCAAAUGUAAUAUUAAAUAAUAAAAAUAUAAAUGUAUCAAAUGUAAAAUGCUUUCUUCAAUCAAAUGAUAGCAUGUAUCCGUCAUACAGGAAAUCGAAAAGUGAAAGUUAUUUUUCUAUUUUAAGUUUAAAUAAAAGAAACUUUUAUAAAAGAGACAAAAAAAGCAGUUUACAUUUUUUAAAUAAAUUAGGAACUAAGGAAAAUUCUUUAUUAAAUAAUAGAAUGAGUGAUGAUGAUAUUAAUAAAUAUAUUCAAAUUAGAAGUGCUGAUUAUUACAGAAAAUUCACAACUGAACAAAGUGAUGAAAAACCUUUUCAUAGCUAUUCCAUAUCGAGAGAUAAAAUAAAAAAAAGAAAUAAAUUAAUUAAGGAUUCUGAAAGCAGGAGUGAGAGCAGUGAAAAACAAGAAAAUGAUUUUAAGAAGAAAAUAAAUUUAAGGUCAGAAAAUUUUGAAUUCGAUACAGAAAGUUCUUAUAAAAGUGAUGAAAAUAAAAAUUUUAAAGAUAAAAACAAAUUUAAAAUGAAUAAUAAAAAAAUAAAACCAAAAGAAAAAAACUAUAUUGACUUCAAUGAAAACAAUAUUCAAUCAAAGGACAGGUUAUUAUACUUUUUAAAUUCUUAUAGUAGAAAAAGUAAGAUGUAUAAAGAUAUAAAUAGAUUGACUGUUCCAGAUAAUGUAUAUAAUGUUAUCCCCAAAAUUAAUAAAAUCAAUGGAAAAAGCAGUUUUGAUGAUAAUAUAAAUAAUAUUUUCAAUUAUUAUAAAUAUCAUUUCUUAUUAUCAUUUAGCGAGAAAAACAAAAAAAGAGGAAAUUUAAAUAUAUAUAAAAAUAUUAGAAAUGCAAACUUAUUCUGUAAUUAUAGAAAUAAUGAAAAUAACAGCUUAUAUAACAAUAGUGAUACAAAUAAUAAAGAUAAUAAAUUAAAUGAAAAUAUCAAUUCAUUUGAAAAGAUACAAUCAAAAGAAUUAUUAAAAUCUGUUUCCAAAUCUCAUUAUUUAAAUAAAUUCCCCAAUGAUGAAAAAAAGGAGCCUUUACUAAAUAAUUCCCAAAAUGAGAAACAGUUCGAUGAUUUACCGACAAUUAAUUUAAUUUGUCCUGAAAAACCAUUGUGUGGGUAUGAGGAUGCAUAUCAAAUUGAUGAUUAUAUAAAUGGCAAAAUAAAUGAAAACAUAAUACAUGUUUAUCCUUCUACAUAUUUAAGAAUUAAACAUGUAGAAAUUACAGAAUUAUUAUUAUUUAUUACAAUAAUGUUACUAUUUAUUUCAAUUCUUUAUGAUUUUAUUUAUUAA